AUUUGCCAGAUUUUGUUUUAAUUGUAUUUGGCUUUCGUAAAUUUAUUUACUACAGCGCUAUUUUAUUACCUUGCAACGCUGACUGUACGCAUGGCACUCCUUACAAAAUUGAGCGCCCAAAUUUGUGUAAACACAGACACCUAGGAAAAAAGGUAAUGCAUGUCGAUGUAAAAAAUGACUAAUAAUUUGAAAUUAAAAGCCAUAGGCCUGUCCACAGUUAUCACGGACAAACUUGCCAACCAUAGCAUAAUCACUGUCCAAGAUUACUUGACAUUGAAUUUUAUUGAGUUGCAACGAAAAACGGGAUUAACUUAUCAAAAACUGUCAUCCAUUUCUGAAGAUGUGAACAAGUUUAUAACCCCACUAGGCAUUUCGUUCCAGGUUAGCCGGUUGCUACAGCCAUCACAUGUGAUUUUUAAUGAUGAUCUAGAUGUUUUCUUAAAGGGAGGCAUAACAUGUGGUCACAUAACAGAAUUCUCAGGAGCUCCUGGUCUCGGGAAAACUCAGUUGUGUCUCCAACUUGCAUUUUCAAAUGCAUUACAUGGAAAAGUAAAUGGUGUUCUGUAUAUAGACAGUGAAGGUGCAUUUAGUGCUUCAAGGCUUCUAGACAUUGCCAUUCACAAAUAUGGGAUAGCUAUAGAACAAAAAAUCAAGAGCUCUUUAAAUAGAAUCCAUUUGUGGAGACCUUGUAGUCUUAAGGAAAUUGUUGACAAGUUAAUCAGUAUUGAAGUACUUGUUGUCAAAGAACAUAUUGGCCUAUUAAUAAUCGAUUCUAUGGGAUCGAUAGUUCGACGAGACUUUGGGGCAGAAAAAAAUAUUGAAAGAGGUGCUCAAAUGUGUUCACUGAGUUCUAGCUUAAAACGAAUAGCACAUGAUUUUAACUUAGCAGUGGUUGUAACUAACCAUGUAACUGCUAAAGUAGAAUCAUCCUCAACAAGAAUAGAUUGCAAAUCUACCUCCAUUCCUGCAUUGGGUCCAUCUUGGAGUCAUUGGAUCAAUAGCCGUCUUCAUUUGUUUAUGGCUCAAAACAAACGACGUUUAAUGGUUUCGAAAUCUCCCGAAAUUCCUGAGCUGAUUGUUGACUAUUGCAUCAGUAAAGGUGGCCUUGACAUCCAACGUGAAACAUGUUCAUCCUCACCCUAUUGACUGCAACAUUCCAAAAGACUUUCGCUGCUUUAUUCCACCACUGCGUGUAAUUCUCCUAUCAUAAAGAACGCUCCGGCAAACAAAUAUGUUGCCAGGUAACUGCACACAUGCUAUAAAAAUUAAAGCAAAAGCACUGCAUGGAAUUUUGCGAAUCUUCAUCGGUUCAGAACUUUAGAUGCCGGUAAUGUUAUCUUGUGGUAUGUUUUGUAAAAAAAAAAAAGUGUUGGUAAAAGAUGGUAAAAUAGUAAGAAAAAGAUAAGCGUAAA